CAUAAGGUUUUAAACUUCCAGACUAGUGAAAAGCUGUGUGAGACCGGCCACCGGACGGCACUUCAUGCGCUCAUCAUGGAUGACACCACGCACUGACUGCUCGCCACUCUGUCCAGAGAGCUCCGGGAGGAAGGGAGUUUGCUGUUUGAUGAAGGGCCAGCUCGCUAAGCAUCUGACAGGUCGGACUCGUGGGAUGCUGCUGUGUUCUGUGUUCUGGUGUCCGCAGUCUGCGUCUGCGGCCUACCUUCACCACCGCCACUCAUCAUGCCGUGCCAUCAUGCUUCUUUGCCGUCCAUCCGAACGGUCAACGUCAGCAGCAACUCGGGCCUACUUUUGGCGUCCACCCAGACAAACUCGCAAAAGAUCACCACGAUUAGUGCCCUUUGCGUUUGCCACUCGCCGCUUUUGCAGUAUGCUUGUGUCAUGGCAAUCCGCAUCCGGCGCCCGCUGCUUCGAUUACCGUCGGUGCAUGUACCUACGUAGGCGAAAGCUGCAUCCACUUCGCCGCGUCAUUGGCCCGUUUCAUCCAAACCUCUUCCGAAGCUUGGCCCUCAGGGUACGGCUAGGUGCAUUAGCGGCCAUCUCGCUUUCCUCCAACCGCCCGUGCCCUGUCCCAUGAUGCAUGCAUGUGCUGCGAUGCCUACCGCUCUCCACC